GGAUUACGCCGGGUCAUAUGAGAAUUUGCCGGUGGCGCGACGACGGGAAAAUCUCACGCGAUGUCUGUUUCCAAACUUUUUAAUUGAUAAAAGUGAAAGUGAAUUUCCCUCCAGACUCUCACGUCGUAUUUUGAUGGCGUGGAAUUUGUAAUUUAAGUAAACAGUCGCUUACGGUUAUUCGACUACACAAAACGCUGCUUUACCAUGAAGUUACUAGAAGAUUAUUGGAAGAUAUAAAUAUAGAGCUGGUUGAAACAGUUUUUGAAUCCAUAUGUCGAUUGAGGCGUAACAGUCAACCAUGAUGAAUAGUACAACGGGCAACGUAACCGACAUCGACGAAGUCACUUAUCCAUUAGUGGUUCAAAUAAUUCAAACUAUCUUAUUCACAGUCGUUUGCAUAGUAGGUCUAGUCGGUAACACGUUAGUCAUCUACGUGGUUAUCAGAUUUUCGAAAAUGCAAACCGUCACCAACAUGUACAUCGUCAAUUUGGCAAUAGCAGAUGAAUGUUUCCUGAUUGGUAUACCUUUCUUGAUCACUACCAUAUUGAACAGGCAUUGGAUAUUUGGUUACUUCGCCUGCAAGGCUUACAUGCUUUCGACUGGUAUAAACCAGUUCACCAGCUCCAUUUUAUUAUGCGUCAUGAGUGCUGAUAGAUACAUCGCUGUUUGUCAUCCUAUAUCAUCGCCGAAAUGGAGAACGCCUUUUAUAUCUAAGAUAGUAUCUCUGUUCGCUUGGACGUUCAGCAUUCUCCUGAUGAUACCCAUAAUACAACAUUCUCAAGAGAUCAAUAACGAAGAUGGAAAAACUUCUUGCGUUAUAGAAUGGAGCACUUUCGAAAGCAGUUACAGCAAUUAUACAAACGCGACUGACGAUUUUGAUAAUAGCAGACCUGCUCAGAUAUUUACUUGGUACACUUUCAUAUUCGGUUUCGCUAUACCUUUAUGUUUAAUCAUAUAUUUUUAUUGGUUAGUUAUUUUGAAACUUAAGAAUGUCGGACCGAAAAAUAAAUCUAAAGAGAAGAAAAGAUCGCACAGGAAGGUCACCAAUUUGGUGUUGAUUGUCGUCACUGUUUACAUUAUAUGUUGGUUGCCUUAUUGGGUGACGCAGCUUGCCAUCAGUGAUGACGUUAAUGACACAUUUUAUAUCACACUUCAUCUCCUCGCAUCAUGUAUGAGUUAUUCGAACUCCGCCGUUAACCCGAUUCUGUACGCCUUUUUGAGCGACAACUUCAAGAAAAGUUUCGUGAAAGCGUGCACUUGUGCGGCCAACAAAGAGGUCAAUGCUACGCUUCAACUCGAAAACAGCGUCUUUCCAAAAAAGUCUAAACAUGUUACUGAAAGGUUAAAACCGAGUAGAACAAGAGGAACCUCAUUGUGCGCGAACAACGAAGACGAAGGUGACAUUGGUCCUCUGGUAAGCAAAGUCGACGCUUCCGCGUCUGCAGUGACAGUCAACAGUCGAAAUACAAAUUUAGAAGACAGCUUAGACAACGUUUCGAAAAAUACGGUCGUCAAAAAUGGAGGAGCUAAUACAAUUCAACCCGCUAACCUAUAAGCAACAAUGUAAAUGUAAUCAUAAAUUUAGACCUUGAAUUACGAGAAUAUUUCCAUAAUUCUGUAAAAUGUACGUUAAAAUAUUCAUAGAAUAACGUUUUUCUAAGCUUUUCAAGCGUCUUAGUCCAUCGUUUCUUUGCAAAAAGAUUCAUACUUUACUUUACUUUCCGUUUGCCCCAUGUAUGUAAUAAUCUUAUACGGACAGUUGGUAUGGGAUAAAAGUCUAUACUGCGCAUGCUUCAUGCGCGCAAAGGACAAACAAAACGUAACAAAUUCCACAUCCUAUUUAUAAAAUUGACGUUGAUGCCGUUAACCUAAAAAUUUAAUUAUUUUUCUUAUUUUCGAGAUGUUUGUGGGCUUUUGUUUGUUAUCCGGUAUUUAUGGAAAACAUGCAAAGCCAAAAGACCACCAUAAACAAACAAACAAAAAGAAAAAUAAACCCCAACAUCACGCACUAACGUCAUACGUCAAAAUCACGUGACAAACGCAAAGAUAAAAUUCGUUUAUGUUGAAAGUCACCAACAUUUCAAUUUUGUAACAGCAAAACUGCGAACGGAAAGUCAAGUUUAUGUAUUGGCGUUAAAUGUUGUCCUGGAAAAUGAGAUUCAUUACAAAGUCCAAUCCUUGUAGAAGUAGUCCUAGUAUAUACCCUAUUUUCCACUACAAUAAACAACAAUCCACAAUACGAUUCUCAUAUAUAAAGAAUCUAUCUUGUUUGAAUUAGAACAAACUUAAGCAGGGUAAAUGUUGCUGUUUUCUACUAAGCUUGUAAAUAUUACUAUAAAUAAAUAUUUGAACAUAUGAAAAUUUGGUAAAAAUACCACCUAACAUAUUCUUAAGAAUCUUCGAUUACUUCAAAUUCAAGAUAGUUUAUUAGUAGAAGUUUCGAACAAUAAUGUCAUAAUAUAUUGUACACUUUUUACUAUUUUGAUUUUAAUUUGAAAGUUGUAUAUUGAAAAUACUAAUUAGAGGUUAUAAAACCAAAUGAACUAAAUCCAUCCAAUAAACCGAGUGACCUGAACAACAAUCGAUAAGUGAUCGAAGCAUGAUCGCGCCUCUUUUCAUCUAUUGGGUAAAAUAAACAGGCCUCCUUACGCUAGCCAAUCAGAUUUAACUACAAUCGGCCGACAGGCUACAGAGUCGGAAUCAGAUACGGAUACGACUGAAGAAAUUACUAAUUUUUGUUUUGUCACAAUCAACCAAAACAAAAACCAAAAAUACUGGUUUUUAAUAUUAAUGGUAAAAAUAUAAUUUUGAACAUUUACAAAAGUUGAAGGAAAGAAGGGUACAUUGCCAAAGUAGCUCAUUCAAUGGCCUCGCCACUGAAUUGAAAAUCCUUACAGGUAAAAAUCUCUUUAUUAUAUAUAAUGCAAUUUCCUUCCACCCUUUAGAGUGUACGGCUACAAAAAACUUAAUUGUAUACAAUUUUCAUCCAUUUCUUCUUAUUCAUAGCAACCUUCUUUGCUCCGCUCCAUGUCAGUUUUUUCUCCUCCAAAAUUUUUCUUAUCGUGUCAUCCCAUGUUCCCUCUAUUUCUUUUUUGCUAUCUUCUGGCUUGUCAAAUUUUUUUCUUGACUUUAAUUUUAUCAUUCUUUGGAUUCUCCAGCUCAAUGGAUUCGGUGACUGGUUUUACUUGCAGCUCUUUUCUAAUACUAUAUUCUUCCAUAUCACUCCCCAUUUUUUGUAAUUCGUUUUACUUCUUUUUCAUUAGUUAAUUUUCCUUGAGUAGAUUUUCCUUACCUAGUUUUAUAUUAUAUUAUUUAAUAAAUUCUCAGUCGUCGCUUAGUGCGACUCUGUACACAAGCAGCCACGUGAACUAUGCAUGAUAAUAUUUUCGAGUACUACGUUUCUUGGAUGGGCAAAGUAUAUAUGUCACUAUUUAAACCGUAAAUUAAACAACUCAUCAUUUUUUAUUAAAUUAACAAUGCUCCUCAAAUAUAUAUUAGAAAAUAUUUUUCAUUAUGAUAAUACACAUCUUUCUACGCCCAUCUCUAUAAGUGAAAA